AUGGGGAACUGCAUGGACAAGGCGGUGCCGGUGGACCACAACACCUCCUAUCAAUCAAAAUUAGGGAGCAAAUCAAUUUCAUCAUCCAACCCCUCAACGGUCAAAAGUGGUUCGACUCGGUCGACUUGGACUGUGGCCUCAUACAAAGAUAGUCGAGAGCAUCCUACUCCUAGGACAGAAGGAGAAAUCUUGUCGUCGCCAAAUUUGAAGGCAUUCUCAUUAGGUGAUCUCAAAUCUGCAUCGAAGAACUUUAGAUCAGAUAGUCGUAUUGGGGAAGGAGGAUUUGGCUAUGUGUUCAAAGGCUGGAUUGAUGAGCAAACUCUUGCCCCUUCAAAGCCAGGAAGUGGUAUGGUUGUUGCCAUCAAGAAGCUAAAACCAGAAGGUUUUCAGGGCCACAAGGAGUGGCUGACAGAGGUUGACUACCUUGGCCAACUUCACCAUCAGAAUCUUGUCAAACUCAUUGGUUAUUGCUCAGAUGGUGAUAACCGACUCCUGGUGUAUGAGUACAUGCCUAAAGGAAGUUUGGAAAAUCAUCUAUUCAGACGAGGUGCUGAUCCUUUACCCUGGGGAAUAAGACUCAAAGUUGCAAUUGGGGCCGCUAGGGGUUUAUCAUUUCUGCAUGACGCUGAGAACCAAGUCAUAUAUCGUGACUUCAAGGCAUCAAACAUUCUCCUUGACAUGGAGUUCAACGCAAAGCUUUCAGACUUUGGCUUGGCAAAAGCAGGUCCAACUGGGGAUAGGACCCAUGUUUCUACACAAGUCAUGGGCACACGAGGUUAUGCAGCUCCAGAGUAUGUUGCAACAGGUCGCCUCUCAGUAAAGGCAGAUGUCUACAGCUUUGGCGUCGUGCUACUGGAGUUACUGACAGGACGGCGGGCGCUAGACAAAUCGAAACCGGUAUCCGAGCAGAACCUCGUUGACUGGGCAAGACCCUACUUGGGAGACAAGUGCCGUCUGUACCGCAUCAUGGACUCGAAGUUGGGAGGGCAGUACCCGAAGAAAGGCGCCCAUGCUGUCGCUGGAAUCGCCCUGCAGUGCAUCCGCAACGAGGGCAAGAUGCGGCCUGCAAUGUCCGAGGUCGUGGAGAAGCUGGAGCAGCUGCAGGACCCCAAGUACAACAUUGUGGCGCCUCAAGUCAACACAUGGCAGACGUCGUCGUCGUCCUCAGGCUCAGUCCCCAGGUCACCCAUGAAGGCGCAGCCUUCUCCAAGGCGCCUGUCAGGUUCGGCCUCCCCGUUGCCAGCAGCAGCAGCAGCAGCAGCAGGCUUCCCGCUCCCGGGGUCUUGUAGGACCGAGCAGGUGCACUAG